GAAAAACAGUACUUUUCUUUAAAAAAAAAAGCAAGCUCGUUAUUUUAUCUUGUCUUGAGCUUCUUUUUCCCCGUUCAUAUUAUUUACGCUCAUGUAUUUUUUUAAAUAAACAUUUACGGAGCAGUAAAUGCUACCGCUGCUGUCGUUACCAGCAAACACGCUACAAAUGUAAGAAUACAUGUAAUCUUACACCAAAAAUGUAAACGCAGUUGCUUUUACCUGCUGUUCUGUUGAGAAUUCCGGAAAUUGCGGAAAAGUUUGAUCGGAACCUUUAAUGCGAAAACGUUUCCGGACUGCCCUAUUAUUGUGAAGGACCGACGGUACCACUACCAAACAACGGCCCUCAAUGGACUUGUUGGAAAGCAGGUUAGAAUCGUGAUAUUUCAUUGAAAUAACUGCCGCGCAAAGUUGAUACUACUUCCUGUUAGCGUUCGGUGGUGUUUAAUGGCCCUUAACGACUUUUAUUAGUAGUUUAUUGAAUAAGUUUACCUCGAGGUGCUCCGAUGUUGUGCGUGCUAGUCAGUGGUUCUGGAGCUCGGGUCCCUCUGGAGGACGGACGAGCGGUUCUGUUGGGUCGGGGUCCAGACACCGGAGUCACCGACAAGAAGUGCUCCAGACACCAAGUGAAGGUGGUGGCUUGCUUUGCAGACCAGGAUGUGGUUGUCACUCAGCUGGGGCCCAAUCCCAGUUUUCUGGAGGAUGAGAAGCUUGGCCGUGGCCAGUCUGGUAAACUCGGCCAUGGUGGCACCCUCUACCUGGUCAACCAGAAAUACCCGUUUCAAGUUUGCUUCACUUCAAGCUCAGACAGAGCUGCUUCCAGUGCUGCACAUAGAGGGCUGAAAUAUGCAAGCAAAACAAAAGAAGGGAAGAACGGGCGUGAAAAAGAGGCGCCUUGGAGUCCGCCCAAGCGCAGUAUAAAGGAUUUCUUUUCUACCUCUCCCAUGAAGUCGUCAAAAAGGCCGCUAACCUCAGAAAGGGAGCAUCCUGAUGCAAAGCGCCCCAGAGGAGAUGAGGCGUCCUCAGGUGGAUGGAAUAAAGAGGAAGUGGAUGAGGAUGAAGAUGAGAAAUGUGUUGAGGAAAAGCUCAGGCAGCUACAGGAGUUGGCACAGAAGUCUGAGAGCUGUGACAACACCACCCAGCCCGCAUCAUCCUCGUGUUCUCCUUCCUCAGCCUGCGUAAAGAGCGUGUGGCAGCAGAUUGGCAACCUCAUGCUUUAUACUGCAGCUGGCGUCAGAGGAAGUGACAAGGUCGCUGGCUUUGACAUAGACGGCUGCAUCAUCACCACUAAGUCUGGCAAAGUCUUUCCAACUGCACCGGAUGACUGGAAGAUUCUCUACCCUGAGAUUCAACCUCGGCUGGCCAGCUUGAUCAAAAAAGGAUACAAGGUGGUGUUCUUUACCAACCAGAUGGGGAUUGCUCGAGGAAAACUGAGACCAGAGGUCUUCAAAUCAAAAGUGGAAGACAUCCUCGCCACACUGCAGCUGCCUGUGCAGGUGUUUGUAGCAGCUGGCCCUGGAAUCUACAGGAAACCAACAAUGGGAAUGUGGAAUCACUUAUCUGAAAAGGCCAAUGAUUGUGUUCCUGUUGACAAGACACAGAGUUUUUAUGUUGGAGAUGCUGCAGGUCGGCCUGAGAAUUGGGCUCCAGGGAAGAAGAAGAAGGACUUCUCCUGCAGUGACCGACUGUUUGCUCUGAAUAUUGGCUUACAGUUCCACACUCCAGAGGAGUACUUCCUGGGCUGGAAAAGCGCUCCUUACAGCCUACCACAAUUUGACCCUAGAAAGCUUGACUCCGCUGCCCGACUGUAUGAGCCACCGUCUGCCUCUCUCACCUCCACCCAGACAGAAGUCAUCGUGGCUGUGGGUUUCCCGGCAUCGGGCAAAUCCACAUUCUUCCACACCCAUGUUAUCCCCAAGGGUUACAUGUACGUCAACAGGGACACGCUUGGUACAUGGCAGAAUUGUGUGGCCGCAUGUGAGCGUGCUCUGAAAGAGGGCCGCAGCGUCGCCGUAGACAACACCAACCCUGACCCCGAGUCACGCAAACGGUACUUGGAUGUGGCCAAAGCGGCGGGCGUGGCCUGCCGUUGUUUCCACUUCUCAGCCACUCUGGAACAAGCAAAACACAACAAUCGAUUUCGCGAGAUGAUGCCCUCCGACAGCAAACAUAUGAAAGUCAACGACAUGGUUUUCCAAAGCUAUAAAAAACACUUUGUGGCUCCUGCUCUCUCCGAGGGAUUCUCCGAGAUUCUCAGCAUCCACUUUGUACCUAAUUUUAAAGACACCCAGUCGGAAACCUUGUUCAGACAGUUCUCAGAGGGAUGAUGGUCUUAAGAUUUGCUUUUAUCAACAACAAAUAAAGAUUCCGAACAAAUGUCCCAGCAAACGGUCAUGAAGGAAAAAAGUGGGCACAUCAGCUGUAUCAACUUUAAGAGAAAUACAUUUUUGUACAGUAUUAGGCUGUAAGAACUUGACAAUAAAUAGUACAACAUGCCUGUGACGACAUUCUGUAGUUUUCUGCAAAACCUUGUGAUCAUGAAUAAGUAACUGUUACCACAAGUCAAGCAGCGUCCCGUGACAUCUGGCAGAAAAUGUGUUAGUGCCCUGCUUUUCGUGGGGUUUUCAUUCCAGAUAUAGCAGCGAAAAACACAAGUAAUUCAGACAUCCAUGAAACUGCUUGCUCCUCCACCCCCAAACCCUCCUGCCAUUGUUGGUGCACAUCACAAUCCAGUUUUAAGCCCCAUAUGUGCCUCACACACUUGGUUAACACAUUUAAAGUUUAACGUGUACAGAUGCUCACCACUGAUGAAUAAUAAUGUAAGAUGAUCGAUGAACAGAUGCUUUUUUUUUUUAAGAUGUGGAAGUGUCAUAUAGUAUAGGAAAUUAUACUAGAAGUGUCACCUUCACCUUGCAUAACAAUGGUGCAUUCAAGGACCGCCAAAAGAUUUUAUCUGUAUUGUCGCGUACGGCCAACCCUUGGUUUUCAUAUGCCCCACCUUUUGACAAAACAUUCGUACUGUAGCACAUAACAAACUAGUCUGGUUACCCCAGUGGUGUCCGAACUACCGGCCCGCUGCUCGUUUUUUAUUGGCCUGUGGCACAUUGUAGAAAUUAAGUUUUAAAAA